AUGACCACGAAUACAUCAACGAAGCUGAAGUCAUUUCAUGUGUACGAUGGUGAAUAUCUUCUACUUUACGAAAGAAUUUCGGAGAAAAUAAGAAACGAUACCUCAGACAUUUAUCUCGACAUUAAGCUUCUUGCACGCCUCAAAUUUAACCGAAUGAUGAGAUUAAUGAUCGCGUGCACUCACGGAAUGGACGUUCUCGUGUACUUCGCUAUUUCGAAAGGACACGUCGUGGAUGUUGGAUUUUUUCGACCAAACCAAAGAACCAGAUACUAUGUUCAAAUUUUGGUAUCCAAUAAGCUGAUUCCUCGGUCAAAAUUGGUUUUCCUUGCUUAUACGAAUGGUGUAUUCCGAUCUAAUUUCUUGGAUGUAUCCGUUCGCGAACUUGGUAACCCUAUUGAGAUUAAGAUCGAAGAGAACAUCGGUGAAGAUGGUGUUGACCCCGGGGACGAAUUUGAGUUAUCGAUCCGUGGGCGCCCAGGAGCCUUCGUAGCUUUGGCAUCAUAUGACCAACGUUUGAUGCAGUACAGGACUCGCGGAUUGAAACAAAAGUAUCACGACAUCUUUCUAGACGAUAUUUGGGAAUUACAAUAG